AUGAAUAUGAAGUCUGUAUUUUGGAUUCCUCUAGAUUGUUCAAAGCUGGUUAUGCUAUAUUCUCAUUGGCCAUACUUCAUAACAAUGAGAGUAAGAAACAGAGAUGCUGCGGUAAGAUCAAGGGAGAGGAAGAAGGAAUACGUGACAGAUCUAGAGAAGAAGAGUAAGUAUCUCGAAAGAGAAUGCAUGAGACUGGGACGGAUGCUCGAGUGUUUCGUUGCGGAAAACCAGUCUCUUCGUCUCUGUUUACAAAAGGGUAGUGGCAACGUUCCCAUGAUGACAAGGCAGGAGUCUGCUGUGCUCUUGUUGGAAUCCCUGCUGUUGGGUUCCCUGCUUUGGUAUCUGGGAGACAUCAUUUGCCAAUUCCCUCAUAUGCCCCAAACAAAGAGUCGCUUCCAGUUAAUGGAAGCCGAAGAACCAGAAAAGCUGGUUCAAAGCGGGCUAGAGAGUAGUAGACUAUCUAAUAAUAAUACUGCUGAGAGCCGUAGAUGUAAGGGUUCAAGGCCGCGUAUGAAACACCAAGUCUUUACACUUUGGCGUGACGCCUUUCACCUUUUACUCUCAUCUCAAUGUGGGUUUCUCAUGGUUUUCAAGGAUAUCUACUUUAUAAUAUUUCUGUCUUUGAGAUCCCAAGUUUGCUUAAUAUGCAAUGGAGCUAAAUAUGAUCAGGAAGGUAUAUAUUCGGGCCAAGCUUUCAAUGUUCUAGAUACUCGGUUGCCUCACGAAACUCUUUAUUACCUCACGAAACUCUUUAUUACCUCGUUAAUACCACCGCUUAAAAUUUCUCCUUUGAACCUGGUAGCAAUUUCUCCUGAGUGA